CGGGAACGCGCCGCUGGCAGCUGCCAGUGGCUCUGAAGAGGUUGCUAGGAGAGAGCGCUGACAUUACCACCCCCGCCGAGCCUCCCAGGAGGGAGGAGCCGCAGUGACAUGUCUCCCGCCACCUGUCCUGGCAGCGGUCAGUCAUGAGCGACAUAAGCCGGGAUUCGGUCAUCUUCUUCUUGAGGGAGAGGGGCGGCCGUGUCCCCAACCAGCAGUUGGUGGAGCAUUUCCGGCCGCUGCUGACCGCUGCGCCUCCCGGAGAGGCCCGGGCCGCUAACCGACAGCUCUUCAAGGAUAUCGUGAAUGAGGUGGCGAGCGUGCGGGCGGAAGACGAGGUGAAGUACGUGUGUCUGCGGAAGAAGUACCGGAAAGCGGCAGAGUCCGGCGAGGAGCCAGCAGCCGGGGCUCGGCAGCCAGAACCGGGCGGCAGCCCGAUCUCCGCACACAGCCCGGAUUCCAGCAGCGGGGAGGACGCGAGCAGCACACCGGAGCCCAGCGAGGAGCCGCCGGAAGAGCAUCCUCCGGACUCCGGGGAGGAGACGGGAGACGGUUCACCGGGCUAUGACGCACCUCCCAUCAUCUCCGUGACCGAGGAGCCGGAGGACGAGAGCCAGGCGGCUAAGCGACCCCCAGAACUGCCCGAUGUCUCCCUCCUGAGCGGGAGGACUCCGCGGAACAGCCGCAGGGGCGUCCGGGACCCGGUGUCCCCACAGCUGCGCCGGGGAGGACUGCUGCUCCGGGCCGGGCUACGGGACUCGGACAGCUCGUCCCUGCACAGCUCCUCGUCCGUGUCCGGCAAUGAGGAGGACGAGGCGGGCUCGGUGGCGCUGGAGCCCUUGGAGCACGCCUGGAUGCUGAGCUCGUGCCGGGCGCGCUGGGACUCUCUGCAGGAGCUGCUGCUCGCCGAGCCCGGCCUCGUCACCCGCCGCGACUUCAUCACCGGCUUCUCCUGCCUGCACUGGGCGGCCAAGCACGGGCAGCACGAGCUCCUGGCAGCGCUGCUCACCCACGCCCGCCAGCACCGGGUGCCUGUCAACAUCAACGCCCGGGCGUCGGGGGGCUACACCGCCCUGCACCUGGCCGCUAUGCACGGCCACCUGGACGUCAUCAAGCUGCUGGUCGGGGCGUACGAUGCGGAGCUGGACAUCCGAGACUACAGCGGGCGGAAAGCCUGGCAGUACCUGAGCCCGGACACGGCCCGCGACGUGCAGGCGCUGGUGGGUGCGGUACCGGCUGCGGCCGAGGAGGACGAGGGGAGCUCGGGAGCGGGCCGCUGGCGGCUCUCCCGGGUGCUGCCCUCACAGCUCAUUGUGCACCGGCUGUCACAGCUGCCCGAGGACGAGCUGGACGGUGGGGGGCGCCCCAGAGGGGACAUCAGCAGGAAGGGCUCCGGGAGACCGCGGCUGAACAAGAUCAGGUUCAGGACGCAGAUUAUCCACAGUAACCUGUCCGCCAGAGACCCCGAGGACGAGAUGUUCAAGAGCCCCAUGAGACACCGGCCCAAGUCCAAUGUGUUCGGCUGACACUGCCCCA